GCCCUCCCCGAAACCCCCCGGCUGUUAGUGCGGUGUGAGUGCGUGUGUGAUCCGGAGCUAGCCUCGGCACACGUUCUAUAAAAAAUUAAAAAAAAAAAAAAAAUUUAAAAAACCUUAAAAACUCUUAAAAAAUUUUCUUUUUCUUUUCUUUCUUUUUAUUUUGUAAUUAAAAAAAUCACAUCGGUGAAGCAGCAGCUACUCGGUAUCGACACAUCACAGAGGAACCGACGCGUUAGCUUAGCAUAGUCUGUCAGGGCCUCGUCUCACUGGAACACGAUACAAAUCUGACUUUUUUUUGGGAUAAGAACGUGUCCGUAUUUUAAAAGUAAGCGUUAAAGAAUUAGACAAUUUUUUUUUCAAUUUUAAACAUUUUUAAAGCGCUGUUUUUUUUAAUAAUUCGUGAUUUUGCUCGGUUUAAGUUGACGAAGUGUUUGAGGAGAAAGUCAGUCUCGCGCACCACAGACACGUCUCUCUCUCACAAGACCUCACAAGAAUCGACACUACGACAUGAACCCGAGCGCUCCGAGCUACCCGAUGGCGUCGCUGUACGUCGGAGACCUUCACUCAGAUGUGACCGAGGCCAUGCUGUAUGAGAAGUUCAGCCCUGCCGGUGCCAUCCUGUCCAUCCGCGUGUGCAGGGACAUGAUCACACGCCGCUCCCUCGGCUACGCCUACGUCAACUUCCAGCAGCCAGCAGACGCUGAGCGUGCUCUGGACACCAUGAACUUUGACGUGAUCAAAGGCAGACCUGUACGCAUCAUGUGGUCCCAGCGUGACCCGUCUCUGAGGAAAAGUGGCGUUGGUAACAUUUUCAUUAAGAACCUGGACAAGUCAAUCGAUAACAAGGCUCUGUAUGACACCUUCUCUGCGUUCGGCAACAUUCUGUCCUGCAAGGUUGUUUGUGAUGAAAACGGAUCAAAGGGAUAUGGUUUUGUGCACUUUGAGACCCAGGAGGCCGCUGAAAGAGCCAUUGAGAAAAUGAAUGGCAUGUUGCUCAACGACAGAAAAGUGUUUGUGGGUCGUUUCAAAUCCCGCAAAGAGCGGGAGGCCGAGCUUGGAGCCAGAGCCAAGGAGUUCACCAACGUUUACAUCAAGAACUUUGGCGAGGACAUGGACGAUGAGAAACUGAAGGAAGCCUUUAGCAAAUAUGGCACUGCUAUGAGUAUCCGGGUCAUGACUGACGACAGUGGCAAGUCUAGAGGGUUUGGCUUUGUGAGCUUCGAGAGGCACGAGGAUGCUCAAAAGGCUGUGGACGAGAUGAACGGGAAAGAGCUGAACGGCAAGCUGAUCUACGUGGGCCGUGCUCAGAAGAAAGUGGAGCGUCAGACCGAACUCAAGCGCAAGUUUGAGCAGAUGAAGCAGGAUCGGAUGACUCGGUACCAGGGUGUGAAUCUGUACGUGAAAAACCUGGACGACGGCAUCGACGAUGAGCGGCUGCGUAAGGAGUUCUCUCCUUUCGGAACGAUUACCAGCGCCAAGGUCAUGAUGGAUGGAGGACGCAGCAAAGGUUUCGGAUUUGUCUGCUUCUCCUCCCCCGAGGAGGCGACUAAAGCCGUGACCGAGAUGAAUGGCCGUAUCGUCGCCACAAAACCGCUCUACGUGGCUCUGGCUCAGCGUAAAGAGGAACGUCAAGCUCAUCUGACCAAUCAGUACAUGCAGAGGAUGGCCAGUGUUCACACCGUACCAAAUCCUGUUCUCAACCCCUACCAGACCGCACCGCCCUCUGGAUACUUCAUGGCUGCCAUUCCUCAGGCUCAAAACAGAGCUGCAUACUAUCCUACCAGCCAGCUCGCACAGCUCCGUCCCAGUCCACGCUGGACCGCGCAGGGUGUCCGACCUCAGCACUUCCAGAACAUGCAAGCCACCAUGAGGCCCUCAGCCCCAAGACCACAGACCUUCAACACGAUGAGACCUGCUUCUCAGGUUCCUCGUGUGAUGUCUGCUCAACGUGUCGCUGCACAGGUGGGUCCCAGGCCUACAGCUGCAGCGGCUGCGGCAGCCGCAGCACCGGUGCGUGCCAUCCCACAGUACAAAUACACGGCCGGAGUGCGUAACCCCCAGCAGCACAUCAGCUCUCAGCCGCAGGUCUCCAUGCAGCAGCCUGCAGUGCAUGUUCAGGGUCAAGAGCCUCUGACGGCUUCCAUGCUGGCUGCAGCUCCACCUCAGGAGCAGAAGCAGAUGCUGGGUGAGCGUCUCUUCCCUCUCAUUCAGAACAUGCACUCCAACCUGGCAGGGAAGAUCACGGGCAUGUUGCUGGAGAUCGACAACUCUGAGCUGCUGCACAUGCUCGAGUCUCCAGAGUCUCUGCGCUCCAAGGUUGAUGAGGCUGUUGCUGUGCUUCAGGCUCACCAGGCCAAAGAACAACAGAAAAAUGUGACCAACGCCACCGGCGUACCAAGCGUCUAAGCCGAGGGACUACAAACUUCUGACCUUGCUUCACCGAGGGGGGACUAAAACCGUAUUAAACAUUAAAAAAACGUGGAAAACACUGCAAAAAGAUAGAAAUGAUAUUUUAAAAAAAAAGAAAAAUGCAAUGGAACCUGAACUCUGCCGGGCUUAGAAGAUAAAACUAGGCCUAGUUCAUUAUCUUACAAAAAAUCUCAAAAAAAAGAGAAAAAAUUAAAAAUGUAAAAAUGGGAAAAUUGAAGGUUUUAAAGAAAAUUCCAUAAAGGUAUAGAGAGGGAAAAUUCAGACUCUCUAUCAAUCCUUAUUUUAUUCCUUUUAUUUUUUACCGGAAGAGUUCGGUUCUGUGUGAGGAGGAGAACAAAGAACCACACAGGGCUACAUGAAUUCUCUGGAAUUAAAAUGUGCUUGCGCAAAUAAAUUACAUUGUCCUUUA